CCAACAUUUUCUUUCCUCAUUCUAUUUCUUUUGCUUAAUAAUUUUUUUUUAAAAAAAUUAUCUAAAAAGUAGAAAAAUAGUUUAGUGCUAAUUUUUGGACAAUUUUGAACUACUACAAGUUAGAUCAAAGUGAUGGAGAGAAAGAGGAGUGAUUCUAUAAUCCAUUUAAAAACAUUAAAAAAAUCAAAAACAGGACAAAUAUACUAUAGUACUAAAAUGAAGGUGGAAGGUCCUUUUGAUAUUUUAUGCAUGAAAACUAAAUCUCAUUGGUGAAUCAUUUUUCCAUUACAAUUUUUUUUGUACUCAUUCAUCUCUUUCUCUCUCUUCUUCAUCUUUUUUGCUACUACCACUUUCUCUCUCCUCUCUCUCUCUGCCUGCUUUUGCUUGCUUCAUAUUAUACCGACAUGGCUCCAACCUAAUGGGGUUUUACUAUUUCUGCUUCUGUAACUCAAUCUCACAGCUUUUGUUUCAACUUUCAAGACUGAAUAGAAAUCUGAGGAAAAAUCUUUGAAAAAUUUGAAGUUAUGGCUAUGCAAACUGUUUAUCUGAAAGAACAUGAAGGGAUUGCACACAAUUUUGUGGGGCAAUUGUCAUCUGGUAAUGGUAAUUCAGCAACAGUGCCAUGGUGGAGUGGCUUUGGAUCUCAAUCUGUUUAUGGAGAGACUGGUGGUGGACAAAUCAAAUCGUUUUCGUUGGAGCCGUCUUUCGCGGUUGUUGACCAACUUGCUGGAAAUAAGCAAUCUGGUAGAGGAGGGGCUGAGCAUGUGAUGGGGAAAGGGCAUGGGAAUCAGUUUACCAUCUUUCCGGACGAUUUCAAAAUGUCAGGUGAUGCACAGAAGCCUCAUACAGCCAUAUCCCUGCAGUCAUCACUCCCUGAUACCCCGACUCAUUUCGAGCUAGGCUUUAGUCAGCCUAUGAUCUGUACCAAAUAUCCUUAUGCAGAUCAAUUUUAUGGACUCAUUUCAGCUUAUGGACCUCAAGUACCGGGACGCAUAAUGCUGCCACUUAACAUGACAUCUGAUGAUGGACCGAUUUAUGUAAACGCUAAGCAGUACCAUGGAAUCAUUAGACGCCGACAGUCCCGUGCCAAAGCUGUUCUUGGUCAGAAAUUGAUCAAACGUCGCAAGCCCUACAUGCACGAGUCUCGUCAUCUCCAUGCAAUGCGGCGACCAAGAGGAUGCGGUGGCCGUUUCUUGAACACAAAGAAACCAUCCAAAGGAGAUGGUAAAAGUGUAAGCAAAGUGCAUAAAUUCUGCGGUCAACAAUUGCAGUGCAGCGGCUCUCCGAGUUCUGAACUCUUUGAAUCUGAUGUUGGAACUUUAAACUCGUCAAAAGAAACAAACGGUAGCAGUCCGAAUAUUUCCGGGUCCGAGGUGACUAGUUUAUAUUCGCGGGGAAAUCUUGGCAGCUAUCUUGGACCUACUGUCCACUCCUUGGCAGACAUGAUCGAUGGUGGGCGUGGCGUUAUCAUGCCCACCAAAUGGGUUACAGCAGCUGGCAACUGCUGUAACCUUGAAGCUUGAUUUCGUAAAGAAUCAAGUCCUUGAUAAGACCAGACGAUUAUAGGAUCGUCCUGACGUCUGGUCUUAAGGCAAUCCAUCCUUGGCUCAUUACUUUGGCAAUCCAUCCUUGGCUCAUUACUUUGGCAACUCAUCCUUGGCUCAAUUUACCAAUAGGAUCCGUCUUUGCCUCGAUGCAAAGGACGGUCUUGGUAUAUGAUUAUCAUGAUAUGAAAGGCUACUAUGUGUCUUUUGGUGUGAAAAUAAAGGCACUAAAUCCUAAUUCUACUUAUGUGUGGUUUUGGUAAUCUCUUAAUGUGGUGUUUUAUUAUGUGUUUCUGACUUUGGGGAGCAAUGUAACAUAGAACUAUGAUCUGUGGAUCUUUGUUGGAAAAAAUAAAAGCACUGGUUUGUAUUUAA